UAAAAAUAACAGAUACAGGCUUUGUUUUUCUUUUUCAGAUGUGAUCAUCGUGAUUCAUUACGAAUUUAAAUAUCACUAAAGAAAUCUGAUUUUAUUGCCUUGUUGUCUUAUUAAAUUUCAGUAUUUAUCUAUUCAUUUGAUCGUAAAUGAUGUGAUUUCAAAUGGUUUUCGUGAAUGUCAGAUAUUACGUUUGGACAAAAGAAAACAUUUUGUAAUGAGUAAAGAGUUUAUGGUCCUGUGAAACUGUCAUAUUCAUGCAUUUUUAUUCCAAUGUUGAUUUUUUUGGACCGGACGCUACUCGCACUAAUGUUGUCUCCGACUGGAUGCUGCAAUCUUUAAUGAGAGAGAUGUCAAAGCCAGAAAAUAAUGUAAAUGCUUUGUCUUGGCGACGUCUUCAUUUAGCUAGAGCCAAAUUAAAAGCCUCUAGUCGAACUUCCGCUCUAUUAUCUGGAUUUGCAAUGGUUGCAAUGGUUGAGGUGCAAUUAUCUAAUAAAGUACCUACUGGCUUACUGAUAGCAUUCAGUAUCUGCACAACGCUUCUAGUUGCUGUUCACCUUCUGGCUUUGAUGAUAUCUACAUGUAUUUUACCCAAUGUUGAAGCAGUGGCUAGUAUUCAUGGUCUGGCUGCAGUGUCAGAAUCUCCACACGAGAAAAUGCAUCGGUACAUAGAAGCAGCUUGGGCUUGUUCGACCGUCUUUGGGAUUUUACUGUUUCUUGCAGAAAUUGCUAUACUUUGUUGGGUAAAGUUUUAUGAUUACAGUGUGCCAGCAGCUGCUGCAGCAACUAUAAUAUUGAUUCCAGUAGUUAUUAUCUUUCUUUUCUUUGCUGUUCAUUUUUAUCGUAAAUUAGUUGCCCAUAAAUAUGAAAGGUCCACUCAAGGAUUGAGAGAGUUGGAGACAAUGGUCACCCAACUACAGAACAAUGGAACAGAGUUAGCUGUCAAUGGACCUUAUGUUAUGACUGUAUGAUUCUUUAUACGUCAUUAUUAAAUAUUCUUAUUUAUUCUAUUGUGGCCAUAUCUGUGAAAACAACAUAAGGAAGAAAUAAUGGCUGUUAAACAUAGUACUUCCUUAUGUUGUAUGUCAGUGUAUUGAAACCUUUAUUGUUUAGAUGUUAGGUUGCGCGUGGUUUUUUGUCUAAAUGUGUGGUUGCUUUGGGCAAAUUCCUUUUUUAACUAUGGGAAGCUUUUAAUGCGACAUUUUUGUUAUGACGAGUUAGUGUGUGUCAUCCUACUUAUAGGAAGACUUAAAACGGGCAUCUAAAAGAAUUCUUCUGAAGUUACAUGCCUGAAAAAAGGCUUGUCAGAUUUACACUAUUUUCUUGAAGUUAAGAACUCCAUCUUGCAAGAAUAAGCAAAGAAUUAGGAGGUGGGAUGAGAAGCCAAUCAUUAUCAGGGGUCUGUCCAGAAAUUUUGUGAAAGGUCUGUUUUUGUAAAAUUUUGAAAAAUUUACUCGUAAUUUGUGAAUAUAAAAUAA